UAUCUAUAUAGUGAGUAGAUAAUGCCACGUCAUCCGAUGAAACACGCGCGAUAUCUUGAACAGCACACGCUAGCGCAUGGCCAACCUCGCCAUGCACGUAUUUUAGCUUCGCCGCUCGAUCUCCGGCCACGGGAAACCUUUUCCCCUUCGCACUCAAAAUCACAAUCCCACGUUUAUUAGGAAACUUAACCUUCGCAAACUCCAAUCUUUCACACUAUAAGUAAUCCCCCCGGCCUCCCCGAAACCUCAAACGCCUUUCUGAUCGAUCUUGUCUCUGAUAUAUAUAUAUAUAUAUAUCCAUGGCGGCGCCGUCGUCGUUCAAGAUUUGUUCAGGAACAACACGUUCGAUGUUUCCGGUGAACCCGAACGGGAUUCAAUCGGCGCCUAAUCAGCCAAACCCAUCGCUGAUCUUCCCCAAGAAACCCCUGCAGGAACGGUUCUGUUGUCGUGUUUCCCCGCCGUUAAUGAUACCAAACUUCCCGGCGGUGGACCGCCAAGAAAGGGACGGCGGCCGCGGCCGCGGCGGCAGGGGUGAAGCAAUUACAGAGAAGAGACUGGAGAAGUGGAAGAUGACGAUGAAGAUGCGGAGACUAGGAUAUGGGGGAUUGUGGUGCAGGGAAGAGGCGGCGGUGGCGGCGGAGAUGGAAGUAGUCCGAUUUGUUACUUGAUGAAGACGACUAGGGU